AGCACCGGCAUGAAAAGGUUGCUGAUUCUCUCAACAGUGACAGACGCUAACUGCAAACAUCAGUGAGAUUCAGCCAAACUGGUUAUUUGACAUCAUGUAGACCACUAUUUCCCAAUCUGCAUGUGCAUCAUGUAUUCAGUGUGCCGAGGAGACGCCUUGGGCGUGUCAUAGUCCAAGGUUUCCUCAUUUCCACCAGCUUCCUGUUUGUCAUUUCUGUAGCUUCUAACUGUCACUACAGCUGUAUCUCACUCUUCAGCCUGAUGUCAAAAGCAAAAGUUCGGAAGUUCUCUGAACAGGGCAAGCUCACCUAACUAGGUAAGAUGGAGAUUCAUCACCAGAAGGCUGAUGAGAGUGGCCAUAAUAUGCAAGGGUUCUGCAAUGAGGCUGUCCAUGCCAUCCUAGAUCUGCCACCUGUGGUUCUCUGACCUUGGCUAGAUCGCAUGCCUAUGAUGUGGUUAUUUUUAACAACAGCUUGUUUGAUACGUGGAACUUUAAGUGUUAGUGAACUCCUGGAUUUGGAAAAUGAAGUGAAUCCGGAAGUGUGGAUGAAUGCUAGUGAAAUCAUCAUCUACAAUGGCUACCCCAGUGAAGAGUAUGAAGUCACCACUGCAGAUGGGUACAUUCUCACCCUCAACAGGAUUCCCCAUGGGAGAGCACAAGCUGGACACACAGGUCCCCGGCCAGUUGUGUAUCUGCAGCAUGCCUUGUUUGCAGACAACGCCUACUGGUUUGAGAAUUUCGCCAAUGGAAGCCUUGGGUUUCUUCUAUCAGAUGCGGGCUAUGAUGUGUGGAUGGGAAACAGUAGGGGGAACACUUGGUCAAGAAGACACAAAACUCUCUCAGCAAACGAAGAGAAAUUCUGGGCUUUUAGCUUUGAUGAAAUGGCCAAAUACGACCUCCCGGGGAUAAUAGACUUUAUUGUAAAUAAAACAGGUCAAGAAAAGUUGUACUUCAUUGGACAUUCACUUGGCACUACAAUAGGGUUUAUAGCCUUUUCCACCAUGCCUGAACUGGCACAAAGAAUCAAAAUGAAUUUUGCCUUGGGUCCUGUGAUCUCAUUCAAAUAUCCCACAAGCAUUUUUACCAGUUUUUUUCUACUUCCAAAUUCCAUAAUCAAGCAUAUUUUUGGUACCAAAGGUUUCCUUUUAGAAGAUAAGAAGGCAAAGUCAUCUUACAUCAAAAUCUGCAGUAGAAAGCUACUCCGACCAAUAUGCAGUGAGUUUAUGUCCCUGUGGGCUGGAUUCAACAAAAAAAAUGUGAAUAUGAGUCGAUUGGAUGUAUACUUGUCACAUGCUCCCACAGGAUCAUCAAUACAGAACAUCCUGCAUAUAAAACAGCUUUACCGAUCUGAUGAAUUCAGAGCUUAUGACUGGGGAAGUGAAGCAGAAAAUAUGAAUCACUACAACCAGAGUCGUCCUCCCAUCUAUGACCUGACUGCCAUGAAGGUGCCCACUGCCAUUUGGGCUGGUGGACAUGAUGCCCUCAUAACACCUCAAGAUGUAGCCAGGGUACUUCCCCAAGUUACAAAUCUCCGCUACUUCAAACUGUUUCCAGAUUGGAACCAUUUUGAUUUUGUCUGGGGUCUUGAUGCCCCCCAAAGGCUAUACAGUAAAAUCAUAGGUUUGAUGAGGGAGUAUCUCUAAAUCCAAUCCAAUUUUCAGUCAUGAAAGGCUUUAGGAAAAACACUGAUGAGUGGUGAGGUUGCCUGCAGCAUUGAUUUGCUAUUGCUGAAGUGUUCCUGAGUCGCCAUACUCCACCCAGAAAAGAUCUGAAAUGUGCUUCUCAAAGAAAUAUCUAAAUCUGAAAUUUCAGGGCCAUAUCCCCUUGACGAGGAUUCAGAAGCAGGCUCUCUUAUUAAACCAAGAUUAUCUAGUGAACAUUUCUCUGCAAAAGGUAUAAUUGAAAGAAUUGUUAAAAGAGGAUUUUACCAAAAGCUGAGGGUGUUAUCAAUCCUCUCUCUCUUCAACUGGACCCUGGGAGCUCCACCCAGUGCUUAGCUGUGGAUCUCUGCAUCUGCUUCCAUCAGUUAGUGGAUGAAGAUUCUAUGAUGAUAACCAGGUAGUCAUCAAUCCAAUUACAGGGGAAGACCAGUUCAGGCACCCUCUCUACUGAUGCUUAUGGUCUUAGCUGGCGUCAUCCUUGUGAAUGCCUGAGAAUUACCCUGAUGUCAGGUUUGAGCAAAAGUGUCAGGAUCAGUUUGGGGAUACCCACAGGAACAGCUGGCCUGAGCUAGUGAGAGCUCACUGACUCUGGACUGACAGCUGGGGAACCUGCAUAGGACCAAACUAGGCCCUCUGAAUGUGGGUGACAGUUGUGUGACUUGGGCAGUCUGCAGGCACUGACAGUGUAACCAGGAUUUAUCCCUAGUGCUUGAACUGGCCUUUUGGAGCCCAUUUUCUUUGUAGGGAUAUCCUGCUCAGCCUAGACGCAAGGGGGAUGGAGGACCUUGGUCCUGCCUCAAAGUAAGAAGUUCCUUGACUCCCCAUGGGAAUCUUUAUCCUCUCUGAGGAGUAUGGAUAGGGAUGAAAUGGGGGAAGGAGGAGGU